AUGUCAAUGGAAGAAGAAUCCAUUAUAGAACUUAAUAAUUCUAAUAAUGACAAAUCUAAUGAAGAUAGGUUUAUUGAGGAGGAAAAUCCUUUGGCUCUCAUCGCAAACGACGAAUUCAAUAGGGAAGAAAAUAUGGUUGGUACGAUUAAAACUGCGUCAAUUCUAGCAAAAUCAGCCAAAUUUUCGAAUUAUGUAACUAAAAAAUUCCCGGAAUAUAAAAAAUUACUUAUAAAUCCUCAACAGAUACAUAUAACGCUCUUUGUACUACAUCUAGGAAACGAUGAUAAUAUUGAAAAUGCAAAGAAUUGUCUAUUAAAUAGUAAAGAAAUUAUGAAUGAAUCUUGCCCAAAUGACAAGUUAUCCCUACAUUUUCAAGGAAUCGACAUAUUUGAUCGAGGUCGCGUAGUCUACACGAUACCAAAGAAUAGCGACGAUUUGCUAUCAUUUACGAAAUUAACUUAUGCUCUUCAUGAAAGAUUUCAACAAGAAGGUCUUGUGGAUAAUGAUAUAAAAAAAGAAUUUAUCCCUCACGCGACACUUAUGAAGUUAAGAAAAAGGAUGAUAAUUAAACACAAAGAUGAGGAAAAAAAAGUUGUCAAUCGCAUUCCACCUGAGAUUUACGAUCAUUUUAGUGACUUUGAUUUCGGAACACAUUGUAUUAAAGGCGUGGAAUUGUCUUCAAUGCUUUUGCCCAAAGACGAUGAUGGAUAUUACAUGAGAUUGGAAAAUAUAGAAUUUUAA